CUUUGUGACACUAGAGACGGAAGUAGAAAUGGCGCUAGUGGCGUUAGCUUAGUUAGCUUCCAUUCUAGUUGAAAAACGUCUUCAGGAGGCCCAGAGAUCCGAACCGGACCCGGAACCAUCCGAAGAACCCCAAACAGAACCGGCAUGGAACGCAGUACCGACCCGACUGUGAGCUAGAACCGGAACCAGAGGUCCGGAGGGUCGGAGGGUUCGGAUACUUAGUGAAAACCUGAAGCUGGACCCAGAACCGGGUUUAGUCCCACGGUUUCCUGGAAGGUUCGGGCAGAUCUUGGAUCAGUUUCAGGUGUGUGCAGGUGGAGGUGUGGCAUCCUGCAGGCCCCGCCCACCGCCACAGGUGUGUUUUCAGCAGCAGACUUCCAGGAAUAUUUUCUGUAGAACCGAGAAGUUUUUCUUUCACGGACAGAAGAAAUCAUUCAGAACCAGAAAAAUCUGUCCUGAUGGAAGAACCGAAGGAUCCAGAUGGUCCAAAUAUAAAGCAGGAGCAGGAGGAACUGCUGGACAAACAGCUGAAAAAUGACCAACAUGCUGAAGAUCUGCAGAUUAAAGAGGAAGUGGACGAAUGCUGCACCAGCCAGGACGAAGUUCGCCUGGUUCUGAAGGAGGAGACGGACGCAUUGGGGAUGAUUACUGCUCCUGAACAGAGAAACAACAGGGAACCAGAACCAAACCGACUCCAGAACGCGCUACUGGCUGAAAACCAGCAACAGGAAGGGAAGAAGAGAAAGUCAGGACUCUGUAAACAUCCACAACCAAGGUCGAAUAAGAGCUGUCAGAAAUCCAGAGUUCAAAGUGACGAUGCACACGGUUCCAAACGUAGAAGGCGGAGCAGAUCUCUGAGCCAGACAGAAAAAAGUUUGUUUUCCUGUAAAGUGUGUGGCAAGAGUUUCUCCCAGAGUAGCCAUCUGAACAACCACAUGAGGUCGCACGCAAGUAAGAAACUACAUCCCUGUGAGGUCUGCGGUAAGUUUUUAAAUGACAAAGGUAGCUUAACGGUUCACAUGAGAACCCACACAGGUGAGAAACCUUUCACAUGUUCCACCUGUGGGAAAAGUUUUGGUGCGAGGAGCAGCUUCAUUGCUCAUGUAAGAACUCACACAGGUGAGAAGCCGUUUCCCUGUCCGAGCUGUGAGAAAAGUUUCAUUGUAAAAAGUCAUCUAAUCACACACAUGAGAAUUCACACAGGUGAGAAACCUUUCCAGUGUCUCACCUGUGGAAAACGGUUUGGCGCUAAAAGCAAUUUAAACACUCACAUGCGAACACACACGGGUGAGAAGCCUUUUGCAUGUGUGAGCUGUGGGAAAUGUUUCAGUGUAAGGAGUCACCUGAUCACUCACCUGAGAACACACACAGGUGAGAAGCCAUACUCCUGUCCAUACUGUGGCAGAAGCUUCAGUUUGCGGAGUCAUUUAAAUGUUCACAUGAGCACACAUACAGGAGAGAAACCUUUUCCAUGUGUGGCAUGUGGAAAAAGCUUCAGAGUGAGAAGCAGUUUGACAAUUCACAUGAGAACGCACACGGAUGAGAAGCUGCACAUCUGUGAUGUGUGCUGUAAAGGUUUCACUCAGAGCAGCCGUCUGGCUUCUCACAUGAGGAUCCACACAGGCGAGAGGCCGUUCCCAUGUCCCACAUGUGGAAAAAGUUUCAGUGCCAAAACGUAUCUGAAUACACACAUGAGGACUCACACGGAUGAGAAGUCCUAUCUAUGUGUGAUCUGUGGGAACAGCUUCAGUCGAAAAAGCAACUUGAACAGACACAUGAGGACGCACACGGGCGAGAAACCCUACGAUUGUGAAGUUUGUGGGAAAUCCUUUGGAUGUAGUGGUAGCUUGACCGUCCAUAUGAGGUCUCACACAGGUGAGAAACCAUUUCCAUGUGUCACCUGUGGAAAAAGCUUUAGUGUAAGAAGUUACCUGGUUAUUCACAUGCGAACCCACACAGGUGAGAAACCUUUCCCAUGUGUCACCUGUCGGAAGAGCUUCCUUUUACGGAGUCAUUUGACUCGUCACAUGAGAGUUCACACCGGCGAGAAGCCGUUCCCAUGUUCGACCUGUGGGAAAGGUUUCAGUGUGAGAUGUCACAUGAUGGCUCACAUGAGAACUCACAAACAGGAGAAAGGUCUUUCUGACACGUGGCCUGUGGCAAACGUCUCCAAGGAGUUGAGAUGAUUCCAGCAUACCCUACCUGGGGAGACAGGUAAGCAGCAGUGGCUUUAACCAAUGAGAGACAAGAGCUUCCUCUGCUAAAACAUUGAACUUUCAGAGAGUUGGGUUAAACUGCGAAUCAUUAAAGGAUUUGACCUCAGUGUGUUUGUCGUUCAGUGACAAAUGUGUUGCUUGUAUAGAUUUUGUGAUGUUUAUCUCCAUCACUUAUUUUCUCAUGUCCUCUAAGAGUCUGGGUCAGUAAUAUUUAAGGUUUAUGUUCUGCACAACCUUUUCCCUGUUUUCUGAUUCACAAACCAAAUAGCACUAACAGUUUAUUAGCACAGAACUUCACAGGUUUCUAUGAAUCUGAAACCUUUUCUUGCCUCAAACGUUGUAACCAUGACCUGACUUCACAACACAACAGGUACAAAACAUCAGAGAAAGACAAAAACACAGAGAAAGACAAUAUUACUGGUUGAUACGUCUGAAUAUUUGCAGCAGUUUGUUGUUCCCUUCACAUGAAUUGGUCUCAUCCAGUCUGAUUGGUUCUGGCUUUGCAGGUGCACCAAUGCUAAGCUCACUUCCAUUAAUGGCUAAUAGCGGAGAUCAUUUUUCUUUUUGCACUUUGGCCAACUUUGAAAACAUUUAGCGCACUUAGCUUCCACUAAGUACAUUUUUCUGGAUAAAAUCCAAAGGGCUAAUUUACUUUGCUGUUUGUAAACUUUCAGUUUAAUAAGGUUCAGCAUCUGUGUUGAAGUUUUGUCAUCAAGUAUUGGGAGUUCUCCAAGUACAUGUUUGUAUUUAUGCUCUUGUUUUGAAGGAGCGCCGUUUUCACUGCAAGCCUCUUUCCUCGUCUUGCUUUCUUUAUUUCUCCACCUUUUUAAAAAAUGAGAAACAAGAACAAAACAGAAAAUGGACAGAAGAGAAAUGAAAGGGUUGUUGUCAUUUCAGAGGAAACGUUUGAAUUGAAGUUGGCGCUUUUGCAUGAACUUCCUCCAAAUACUGUGUUGCUGUAAUGUUUAUGGCUAUUAGCGCUGCUAUGCUAGCUUGUCAGUUCAGCGAUGUCCAUCACUGAGCGACUUUCUGUGAGCUGCAGUUACAAAAUCUAGAGAAGUUGGUCAAGAAGUGGCUGUUCGGCACCAGGGAGGGCAGCCAUUCAUCUGUUCAUCAUGGACGUCUUUAUGAAUACAUGAACACUGCUUUUCUUUUUCAUUGUAAAUAUCGAUGAAGGUUCUGCAUUUCUGAGCUAAACAUGAGAGUUUGCUCCUUCAAAUCAGGUUGUGGAAGAUGAGACCCAACAAUAAAACGGAUGAUUUCAUGAAGA